AGAAUUUAAAACCAAAUUCACGCUCUAGUAGCAAGUUCCUCGGACAGAUCUCGCCCCCACAGCUCAGUCCGCGCACGCGCUUCGACAGGACUGCACGCGUCGCCGCUUGAGUUAAAAAAACGUUGCAAAAUUUUAUCGCGCUUGCAUGAUUCUUGUGACAGUGACAUUUUGACGUGUUCAGAACUUUCGUUUUCGAAGGUAAGUUUUAAGUGUGUAUUGUUAUUUAAAUAGUAUGUAUCAUUUAUAUUUAUGGUGUGUUUAUAAAAUUACGAAAUUAUUUAAGUAUUUCUAUUUAUUUGCUGGGGCGUCUAUCCCUACUAAAAAGGAUAGAGGCCCCACUAUUGACUGAGUAUAGACGCCCUUAGAGGCAUCUAUCCUCUAUGACUUAUUCACAGGUACUUAGGCUAUAGGUAAGAUUUUUUUAAAUAACGUACCUAUCUAGUUAAUAUGCAACUUAGUAGGAAAAUUGACUUUCCAGUUUAUUUAUGAGCUGUUUAUACCUUUACAUGUCGUACUUCACUGUACUUGUAAAAAAUAAUGUAGCGUAUCACCUAAUUUCAUUUUUUAUUUUAGACAAAAUGCCGCGAAAAUAUAAAAGGAAAAUAGGGGCACCCGUUCGUGCUGCUUGGUCUGAAGAAGCCCUUUGCAAAGCUUUUGGGGAAAUGGAUAAAGGCCAAGUCGGAAUAAAUGAAAUAUCUCGUCGUUAUGGUAUUCCAUCUCGAACUUUGAGGAGGCGAUAUGCUAAAAAAAACUGUGAAAAACUUACUUUGGGAAAACAUCCCACACUGGACUUUGACAACGAGAAACGUCUCGUAGCGCACAUACAAAAAUUAGAAAAGGCAGGAUUUCCCACAACACGACAGGAUGUAAGAAGACUCGCUUUUGAAUUUGCCGAGAAACUGGGUUUGGAAAAUCCUUUUAACAGAGAGACACGUAUGGCUGGUCAGCACUGGCUCAAAUCAUUUCUUGAACGACACCCAGAACUCAGUAUUCGCCAGGCAGAAGGUUUGUCUAUUGCAAGGGCUCAAGGAUUAAAUCGAGAUGAAGUAAACAAAAUGUUUGAAUUGUUGCUGAAAAUACUAACUGAAAAUGAUUUGAUCGAUAAACCUGAUCGAAUUUAUAAUAUUGACGAAACUGGAGUUCAAAUGAACAAUAAUCCUGGUAAAGUUAUUGCUACUAAAGGUGCCAAAGUAGUAAAUUCCAUCACUUCUAGCGAAAAAGGUGAGACAAUGUCAAUUAUAGCUUGCUGUAACGCUGUUGGCAACUAUGUUCCUCCGGUGGUCAUUAUCAAGGGGGUCAAUAAAAGACCAGAGUUCCAAGAGGGUCUUCCGCCCGGAGCCAACGUGUACAUGAACAAAAAAUCUGCCUACGUCAACUCAGAACUCUUUCAAAAGUGGCUGAAAGAACAGUUCGUGCCAAUAAAACCACAGGGUAAGGUUUUGCUUAUACUUGACGGGCAUUCAUCUCACUCUACUGCUAUUGAUUUACUAGAAUUAGCACAAGAAAAUGACAUCAUAUUGUUCUGUUUGCCAAGCCACACUACACAGGCUUUACAACCGCUUGACCGGAGUUUUUUUAAACCUUUCAAAUCUUACUUCGCUUCAGAAACUAAAAACUGGAUGUUUAGUCACAAAGAUCGAAAAAUAAAUCGAUACAUUGCUGGAAAAUUAAUAGGUAACGCAUGGGCUCGCGCUGCUACCUCUUCUAAUGCUGUGAAUGGGUUUCGUGCAUGUGGUAUUUUCCCGUACAAUCCUUCUGCUAUUCCCGACAGCUACUUUGCUAUCUCUGAUAACAGCUUUCAAAAUGUAGAUGAAGGAAACCUUGCUCAAGACCAACCAGUAGCAAGGGAACUCGACGCUAAUGCUGAUGUGAAUUCAUAUUAUGUUGAGCCCCAGCCUGGUCCAUCGUCGUCAACUAUCAAUAGAGAGCGGGAGCCUGAUUUCGAGUUCUUACUAUAUGAAGAUCUUGCAGCGGACGCAAUUAUUAUUCCCUUAGAAGGAAAUGUCAGUCCGUCCAUACUUUCUCAGAAUCAUAAUGUUGAAACUGUAGAAGUCAUAACUCCAAGUAAAUAUCUUAACGAAUGUUCACCUAUCCCGAAAAUUCCUGUUCCAUUAUACAAAAGAGGCAAGCAAGGUGCUGCCGUUUUAAAUUCAGAAGAACAUAUUAACUCUAAGAAAGCUAAGUUGAAAGGUAAAGCUAAGAAGCAAACACCAGACAAACCUAGAAAAAACAACCAAAAAUCAGUUCCUAAAAAGAAAAGACCGAGGUUUAGUUCUGAAAGUGAACAAGAGCUCGAUGAAUCAGAUUCUGACCAGACCGAAUCUGAUAAAGAAAAUACUCAAUGCAGAGAAUGUUUCGAUGACUAUGCAAGUACCAAGUCCACGGCGGACUGGAUUCAGUGUCUGAUGUGUAAACUCUGGUUACACGAAGAUUGCACUCUAUAUGGCGAUUACUGUAAUAGAUGUGGACACAAGAAGAAGCUUGCAGCUCUAAAAGCUAACCUGGCCAAAGUGAAUUCAAAGAAUAAGUAACCUGGCCAAAGUUAAACAGUAUCUCUAUAUUUGUUGAUUAUUUGAAAAUUUUGAUUAUUGUUAUUUUUUUUUUAAGAAGGAAGCUUUGUUUUUUCCCAAAGAAGU